UCGGAGGGAGUGGCGGAGAGUCGCUGGCAGCCUGGGUCCUCGCUCUUGCCAGUGCUCGGGAUGCCUGGCGAGUCAGGGACAGUGACCCGGACCCUGCUCCUGCUCCUCCUCGCCCCUGGCUGGGUAGAACCACAGGCCUGCACAUUCCCAUGCCAGUGUCCCUCCCAGCCUCCACAGUGCCCUGCGGGUACCAGCCACGUGUGGGAUGCCUGUGGCUGCUGCAAGGUGUGUGCCCGGCAGCUGGGCGACCUCUGCUCCUUGCACAGGCCCUGUGACCAUCAUAAGGGAUUCUACUGUGACUUCUCCAAAAUCCACAGAGGCAGUGGGAUCUGCUUAGCUCAUGAGGGUGCAACAUGUGACCUGCUGGGCAAGAUCUACCUCAAUGGAGAGAGCUUCCAGCCCACGUGCAAGCUGCAGUGCAUCUGCAUGGACGGGGCCAUCGGCUGCAUCCCGCUCUGCUCCGACGACUUGCGUCUGCCAUCCCCAGAGUGCCCCAACCCCCGGAGGGUGAAGUUCCACAAUAAGUGCUGUGAGGAGUGGGUGUGUGAGGAGGGCAGCGAGGAGAACCACUUUAGAACAGCCAUGGCAGUUUUCAGGGAAGAUCCAGCUCACAAGCCAGAGCUGAACAACCUGCAGGAGAACUGCCUGGUGCAGACCACGGAGUGGAGCACGUGCUCCCGGAGCUGUGGGAUGGGUAUCUCUGCCCGCGUGACCAAUGACAACCCCCAGUGUCGCCUGCAGAAGGAGACCCGGCUCUGCAUGGUCCGGCCCUGCAACUUCUCCAUGGAGAAAACCAAGAAGGGGAAGAAGUGUGUGCGGACCCCAAAGCAGCGCCAGAGCUUCCACUUUGAGUUUUCGGGAUGCACCAGCACCCGCUCCUACCGGCCCCGGUUCUGCGGCAGCUGCUCGGACGGGCGCUGCUGCACCCCGUUCCUGACCAGCACCAAGGACGUGGAGUUCCGCUGCCCUGAGGGAGACUUCUUCCAGAGGAAGAUGAUGUUCAUCAAGAUGUGUUCCUGCCACUACGACUGCCCUCGAGACAAUGACAUCUUCCUGGCCACGUACCAUCGUCGGAUGAUCGGAGACCACAUCAAGACUGAGCAGCAAUAGCCCUGUCUUACCAGAUCUGAGGUGUGCAGGAGGGCUCUGCAGUGCUUCCGUGGCUGUGUCCUGGGCCAGUGCAGCCUCUCCCCCUGAGCCUUCCACAGCAGCACCGUUCCAACACCAGUGGUCCCUGUGGUUUUCCCAACGAGCUGAGGGGGAAGAGCCCCGGCUGCCCCAGCCCCCUGACCCCCACCCACAGUGGUGGGAAGGUCACUGAAGGAACCAGAAGCAAGCUUGAGCUGCAAACUUGAUCUAUGUUCCCCCCCUAGCCAGAAGGGAGAGUGGAAAAGUCAAUGUGGCUCCUGCCUGUCUCCUGCCCACAGCAUAAUUCCUGAUGCAGACCCCAAAAGUUCUUCUAGCAUGAACUGUGGGUGGACCAGGCUGCCAGACUAAAAUGUGUCCCCUGCACGUGCUGCUCUGGGCAGCUUCUAGUGCCUUGAUGAGCAUUUCGUAGAACCGUGGAGUAGUUUUGGUUGAAAGGCACUUUAAAGUUCAUUUCAUUUCAACCCCCUGCAAUGGAUGGGGACACCUUCCACUAGCCCAGGCUGCUCCAAGCCCCAUCCAACCUGGCCUUGGACACUUCCAGGGAUGGGGGCAGCCACAGCAUCUGGGCAACCUCUGCCAGGGCCUCACCACCCUCACAGGGAGGAAUUUCUUCCUAAUCUUGUCAGAAAUGGCUCUGGGGUGGGAGAGGGCUCACGCAUGCACAGUGAGGCUGCAGCAGUUUCAGCUCUGGAUGUUUGUAAGCAGGAAGAACACUGUUCAGCUCCAGUCUCCCUGGAGAGUUUAAGGUACUGGCAAGAGAAAUUCUCAUAUUUGUAAAUGGAGCAGAUCCCAUCUGGAGUUACUGGGGCAGUGCCACGGGGAGCUGUUGGCACUGAUGUCCCCAGUGGUGGGAUUCCCUCCUGGCAGAGUCUCUGUGCCAUUAAGGGCCCCAUUGCCAGCCCAUAGCUCCAGGAAAGGCCAUCAGCAGCCAGUGCCAGUGGUAUGUCCAGCAGCACCUUGGCAGCUCUGUGGGACUGCUAAGGUCUUGUCUAGUGUGGAAAAAUCUUCUGAUUUUUACUAGAGACAUCCAGGUACAGGACCUGAUCCUGUCUCUUAAAUCAUCCCUGCCUAUCACCACUGGAAAUAGUGAAAAAUUCCUGUUCCAGACAGGCAGGAGCAACAGCCCCAAGGCUUCACCUCACCACAUUUUCCUACCCCAAAUUAGAACCUGUUGACAAGGGACAGUCCCAGCUGUCCCCAGCUGCUGCCCUGAACUUCCAGACUGCUGACACACCAGCUCAGGGCCCAUGUCCCAUGCCAGCAUCUGCUCCUUCUCUUAGCUUGCAGCAGUUUCUGAGCCUUCACUCUCCUGUAAUCAAUUUGAACUGUAAAUAAUUCAUCAGAUAUUGUUUCUGUUUUUAGGCCUUUGUACAGUCCCGGGACCUUGUUGGCACAGCCCUGCUCAGGCUGUUUCCCCUCUCUGAGCUUCUCUCCUGCCAUUCAUACAGCUGCUGAGCCUCAAACCAUGCUGAGGUUGUACUUUACUCAAUGCUAAUAAAUAUCUCUUUAUUUUUUAUA